AUGAGAGGUCUCAUUGCCAGCGGUUUCACAGAAACCCACUAUCUGCAAGACGGUACCGAUGUCUCCCUCACUCGAAAUUACACGGGUCAUUGUUACUACCACGGACAUGUGCAAGGAUAUCCUGAUUCGAUGGUCAGUGUCAGCACUUGUUCUGGUCUCAGGGGACUUAUCAUGUUUGAAAAUAAAACCUACGUCUUAGAACCCAUGAAAAAUGCAACUAAUAGAUACAAACUCUACGCAGCGACAAACCUGAAAAGCGUCUGGGGACUGUGUGGAUCGCACCAUAACACAUCGGGCCUCGCCGCAGAAAACAUGCUCGCACCGUCCUUUCAGACGCCGGCAAGAAGGCAUAAAAGAGAGACCCUCAAGAUGACCAAGUACGUGGAGCUGGUUAUUGUGGCAGACAACCGAGAGUUUCAGAGGCAAGGAAAAGAUCUGGAAAAAGUUAAGCAGCGAUUAAUAGAGAUUGCUAAUCACGUUGACAAGUUUUACAGGCCACUGAACAUUCGGAUAGUGUUGGUAGGCGUGGAAGUGUGGAAUGACAUUGACAAAUGCUCUAUAAGUCAGGACCCCUUCGCCAGCCUCCAUGAAUUUCUGGACUGGAGGAAGAUGAAGCUUCUACCUCGCAAAUCCCAUGACAAUGCACAGCUUAUCAGUGGGGUUUACUUCCAAGGGACCACCAUCGGCAUGGCACCCAUCAUGAGCAUGUGUACGGCAGAACAGUCCGGAGGGGUUGUCAUGGACCAUUCAGACAGCCCCCUUGGUGCGGCAGUGACCCUGGCACAUGAGCUGGGCCACAAUUUCGGGAUGAACCAUGACACACUGGAGCGGGGUUGUAGCUGUAAAACGGCUGCUGAGAAAGGAGGCUGCAUCAUGAACCCUUCGACCGGGUACCCGUUUCCCAUGGUGUUCAGCAGCUGCAGCAGGAAGGACCUGGAGACCAGCCUGGAGAAGGGAAUGGGGAUGUGCCUCUUUAACCUGCCGGAACUCAAGCAGUCUUUCGGGGGCCAGAAGUGCGGGAACGGAUACGUUGAAGAAGGAGAGGAGUGUGACUGUGGGGAGCCGGAGGAAUGCAUGAAUCGCUGCUGCAAUGCCACCACCUGCACCCUGAAGCCGGAUGCCGUGUGCGCUCACGGGCUGUGCUGUGAGGACUGUCGGCUGAAGCCUGCAGGAACUGCGUGCAGAGGCUCCAGCAACUCCUGCGACCUCCCAGAGUUCUGCACAGGGGCCAGUCCUCACUGCCCAGCCAAUGUGUACCUGCACGAUGGGCACCCGUGUCAGGGGGUGGAUGGCUACUGCUACAAUGGCAUCUGUCAGACCCACGAGCAACAGUGCAUCACGCUCUGGGGACCAG